CGUUUAAUUUCCUAGUUCCCAGUUGUUUGAACGGACUGAAGUCGUAGAUUUCUGAGUUCCUAGUUGUUUUGAAAGCGGCUGUCGGGAGUGUCAGAUGAUGUUGUCAUAGCUAGUUUUGAAUGUUGAUUCAUAAUUCCACAUUUUCUAAGAUUUAAAGGUUACAUUAUUAAAGAUGCCGAGGGUCCCAGCAGACCUUGAAUAUGAAACACUGACCGAGUGUAAAUACAGCUUCCCUGUUGAGGUUGUCAGUGAUAUCAAGAAUGCUACAGCGACUAAUGGAGACCUGCGUAUGUAUGUGGACUUCUACUGUUUCCCCAAUAAGGAAAAGAAGAAGUUAGUUUAUUUGUCUGGUACUAUUCCAGUUCCACAUGACGGUAACACGUACAAUAUCCCUGUGUGCAUCUGGCUCCACGAGACACACCCCCAGAGCCGUCCGCAGUGCUACGUGUGUCCCUCCAUCUCCAUGUUGAUCAACCCCAGGUGCCCAUAUGUGGAGGCCAGUGGGCAGGUGCUCCUCGACUGCCUCACCAACUGGAAGAGCGGGCUGGCCAACCUGUCAUUGCUCGUCUCAGAAAUGAGGUCUGCAUUUCAAAAGGAAACGCCCCUCUUUGCCAUGCACCCAAUCAGAGCUCAGAUGAUACCUACUGCAGCACACUCCAGUGCACAUGCAGAGUCUUCGGACCCUGGCAGCUGGCCUCAACCAAGCAGUUCUACCCCGAGAGCCAGGCGCUCCUCAAUGUCCCCCACACCACUACCUAGAGAAAUAGCUCCGCCCAAGAGUUUAAAGUCCAGCCAAUCUGGGCCUCUCAGAGAGUCUGGGACUGGUGUGAAACGGUCCUACACAGAGGAGCUGCUGGAUAUGGGGAUCAACUUUGGAGUGCCAGGGGGAGUCCAGUUUCCCUACUCCUCCACCAACCCCUUCAUCACUACAGCCUCAGCGCCAAAUAACACUCCUGUUAGUUCCGAGGACAUGAGCAACCUAUUCAAGAGCCUGCAGUUGGAAAAUAUUGUCAAUGUGUACCAGCUUGGCACUAAAGAAAGAGGACAGACGCAGGGCAAUGAAGACGAUAGAGGUGACGGUGACCACCCCCCGAUCCCCCCUGCAGUCACGCCCCUGGUGGACAACCAGCACCGUAUCCUGGUGAGCCGGCUGCCAUCGGACCAGUCACCCAGCCGUGUGAAGAACAAGCUCACCCUCUACUUCCAGCGCAGGAGCAACGGUGGAGGAGAGGUGCUGGACGUGACCUACCCUUACCCCCCGACCCAUCCUGACCAGGCCCUGGUCACCUUCCGCAGUCCCAGAGAUGCAGAGCAGGUGCUCUUACAAGCAGACCGAAUUGUUACUGUGAAUGAGCGGCCUUGCCUUAUACAGCUCAAGAGGUUUAACUGUGCUCAGAUUGCGGUGCCGCCCGGCGUCUCCGGCGACAAGGCGGCCAUCUUCCAUAGCCUGCUUUCACUCGAGGGGCGGAGCUUCAGCCAGGCCGAUGUGGAGGAGGCGGUGCAGUCGUGCCGGGAUCUUCCCUCGGCCCUCAAGUACCUGUCCCAUGAAUGCCCCAUCUGCCGCGAGCAGGUGUCCUUCAGCAAGAUCAUCUCUAUGACCCACUGCCCAUGUGCCUUCUGCGAGAGCUGCUUCAAGGCCUACUUCUCCCAGGCCAUCAAGGAGAAGAGCAUCGUCCAUGUGGUGUGUCCCCUGUGUGGCCAGCCUGACGUUCGUCAGAGCCAGGGAGGCGUGGAGGAGGCCUUGGACUACUUCAGCCUUCUGGACACACAGAUCAGGCACUACCUAGAUCCUCAGAUUCACGAGUUGUUCCAGAGGAAGCUGAGAGACCGAGCCUUGCAGGAGAUGCCCAACUUCCGCUGGUGUGCCCACUGCUCCUUUGGCCUUCUACAUGAGGCUGACCAGCUGAGGAUGGACUGUCCUAGUUGUAGGAAGAGCACCUGCUCCCAAUGCAAGAAUGCAUGGGCUCCACAACACCAGGGUCUUUCCUGUGAGAAGUUCAGAGAGUGGCAACUCCACAAUAACCCGGAGUACCAGACCGCAAGACUGGAGAAUCUCCUCAGCAGGAAUAAAAUAGAAUGUCCAAAAUGCAAGUUUGUGUUCUACCUCUCAAAGGGAGGGUGUCUCCAUUUCAAAUGCACCCAAUGCCAGCACGAGUUCUGUGGCGGCUGUAACAGGCCCUUCAAAUUAGGCGCGGGGUGUGACUUCUCGGCUGAGUGCGGGUCCAAGGGGUUACAUGCCCACCACCCCAGGGACUGCCUGUACUACCUGAGGGACUGGAACGUGCCCAGACUACACAAGCUACUUCAGCUUUACAGAGUGUCCCUCGCUGGCAUGGUGAAAUCCAAAGAGGGCUCUACAGGGACAAACACACAAGGUGUGUGUGCAGUCCUGGAGCACAGAGAGAUGGGUAGAGACGGGCCUUGUGGUCGACCCACUCUUCCAGAGUACAGCGGCUACUGCGCCUUACACUAUAAAGAGUGUCUAGUGGAGCUGAUCAACCGGAGUCACGCGGAUCCAGCCGUUCUGUUCGAUGUGGCCGAGAUGUUGGCCGAGUUACAGAGGUGGCACAUUCCUGUUCCACAGAAGAACCCUCAGGAACCUGAGGCACUCUAUGUACAGCACCUUAGACAGACCCUGACUAGGAUGGUUGGCCUGAGGGACAACAAGCUGCCCCCUGUGAAGGUGAAAGAUGACCUUUGCCCCCUACCCUCGUCGAGCCCUGCGGGACCACGCUGGUCUUCUGCUCAGAGCAACACACCAAGGCUCUUCCCUGAUGACUCCCAAUUGCUGCUCUUGCUCAACGACUAAGGCGAUGUAAAAUACUUGACCUCACCUGGGUUGGGUUCAUUAGGGCACAUGAAAAUGCUUUUACACGUUUUGCUACGGAAAAAUGGGUGUUUCUUAAUGGAUAAGGCCAGGUUCCUUGCUUCAGUCCAUGUUCUUCUGUUUGGUGCCUAAUGAAUACCACCCAGGGUUGUGUUAAGUAGGGAGAAAAUGGUUGAAAAUGAAGUGAAACUGCGGAAGGGACAACCCGUUCUUGUCCAAUGAGAAAUGGUCAUUUUUGAUUUCCGUUGCAAAAGUUUUUUGUUGUUGCGUACCCUAAUAAAUAUGAUCCAGGGGUAAUAUUUAACUUCAACCCUCUGUCAUAAGGGCUAUGUAACACUGGCCUAAUAAUGACAUAGAAAUAGCGCCAUAAACAGUCCAGAGAAGGCAGGGAUAAGGUCAAUUUGGCCUUUGAGGAGCCGUGUUGCACACUGCUGCUCUAGAUCUAGCUAUGCUGUGGCCAGGAUUAAAUGAAAAGUGCAUUGAGAUCACGGUAAACGCAGUGGAUGUCGACUCGAGCGUAAAUUAACUUUAAAAGUAAAGUGCAGUGCACUUUGAUUUGAAAUAACUACCGGACCCGGUACAUUAAGAGUUUGUUUUUCAUGUUAUUGUAAUUUAUUUAACGUUUAUUCUUAAUAAACAUGUAGCUACACUGAACAAAAAUAUAAACGCAACAUGCAACAGUGUCAAAGAUUUUACUG